AUGAGUGCAUUUGCAAAGAAAUUCUUCAACCAGCUGAAAAGCAAAGAAUUUAGAGAUUAUUUAAUGAGCACACAUUUUUGGGGUCCAGUUGCAAAUUGGGGAAUUCCACUAGCAGCAAUAGCUGACACUAGAAAAGACCCUAGUUUCAUCAGUGGCAAAAUGACAUUUGCACUCUCACUCUACUCCUUGAUGUUUAUGAGGUUCGCGUGGAGGGUUCAACCAAGAAAUCUUCUGCUCUUCGCUUGCCACUUCACAAAUGAAUGUGCUCAAUUGACACAAGGUGCUCGCUUUAUCAACUACCAUUAUAUACAGGGAGCUGAUCAAAAGGAGAAAACUGCUCAGAAAUAG